GGGGGGGCACCUCUGGGCUCCUGCUUACAGUGAGGCUGGGUUGCGGGCCAAGGCCUCGGUCCUGUGGCUAAGCCUAUACCCACCCCCUGACCCCCAGCCAGGGCCGUCCCGAGCUCCCUCCCCAGAGCGGGCAGGACAGCGAGUUACUGUUGAGGCAGCUGCUUGCAGGGGGCAGGCAAGAGGCAGACAGCUGCCCCAGUCCCCAGUCCUGCCUGGGGACAGCCUGGACUGGCUGGGCAGGAGGCGGAGCGGCACGUGGCAGCUUCCCGGCCAGGGCCGGCAGCUUUGGCACUGGCAGUGUGAGGGAGAACAGAGGCUCCUCCUCCAGGCACUGCUCCUGAGGUUUCCGGAAGACCAGGGAUCUUCAAGGACUAAAGGUCCCUUCCCUGUCCUCCCUCUAUGGACAGCCCCACUUCCCAGGUCCUCUCUGGACACCUGUCAGCGCCUGACUCUCUCCCCAGCUCCUGAGGUGUCGAAGCCCAGAGUCCCCAUGGCCUCACUGAGCCGAGCCCUGCGUGUGGCCACCACCUGCCCUCGAAAGAGACCUGCCCAGGGCCUGCGUCUGCAGCCCCUAGCCAGUGUGGCCGGUCCCACAACUGAGAAGAAUGUACCGUAUCAGCGGACCCUGAAGGAGGAGGCACAGGGCCCCUCGACAGCAGCCCGAGGACCAAGCCAGCCCCUGCCCAGGACAGCUGAUGUGGUGGUCAUUGGUGGGGGCAGCUUAGGCUGCCAGACCCUGUAUCACCUGGCCAAGCUGGGCGUGAGUGGGGCUGUGCUGCUGGAACGGGAGCGGCUGACAUCUGGGACCACCUGGCACACAGCAGGCCUUCUGUGGCAGCUGCGGCCCAGCGACGUGGAGGUGGAGCUUCUGGCCCACACGAGGCGGGUGGUCAGCCGGGAGCUGGAGGAGGAGACCGGGCUGCACACCGGCUGGAUCCAGAACGGGGGCCUCUUCAUCGCCUCCAAUCGGCAGCGCUUGGACGAGUACAAGAGGCUCAUGUCGCUGGGCAAGGCUUAUGGCGUGGAAUCCCAUGUGCUGAGCCCGGCAGAGACCAAGGCUCUGUACCCACUAAUGAAUGUGGACGACCUUUAUGGGACCCUGUACGUGCCACAGGAUGGGACCAUGGACCCCGCCGGCACCUGUACCACCCUUGUCAGGGCGGCUGCUGCCCGAGGAGCACAGGUCAUUGAGAACUGUCCAGUGACUGGCAUCCGUGUGCGGACAGAUGACUUUGGGGUGCGGCGGGUCGCGGCUGUGGAGACCCAGCACGGCUCCAUCCAGACGCCCUGUGUGGUCAACUGCGCAGGAGUGUGGGCAAGCGCCGUGGGCAGGAUGGCUGGAGUCAAGGUCCCACUGGUGGCCAUGCACCAUGCCUACGUUGUCACCGAGCGCAUCGAAGGGAUCCAGAACAUGCCCAACGUCCGGGACCAUGACGCGUCUGUCUACCUCCGCCUUCAGGGGGAUGCCCUGUCCGUGGGCGGCUAUGAGUGCAACCCGGUCUUCUGGGAGGAGGUGUCGGACAAGUUUGCCUUUGGCCUCUUCGACUUGGACUGGGAUGUGUUCUCCCAGCACAUCGAAGGCGCCAUCAACCGCGUCCCUGUGCUGGAGCGGACAGGGAUCAAGUCCACUGUCUGUGGCCCAGAGUCCUUCACGCCCGACCACAAGCCCCUGAUGGGGGAGGCACCUGAGCUGCGGGGGUUUUUCCUGGGCUGUGGCUUCAACAGUGCAGGAAUGAUGCUGGGCGGCGGCUGCGGGCAGGAGCUGGCCCACUGGAUCAUCCAUGGGCGCCCAGAGAAGGACAUGUAUGGCUACGACAUCAGGCGCUUCCACCACUCACUCACGGACCACAGCCGCUGGAUCCGCGAGCGCAGCCACGAGUCCUAUGCCAAGAACUACUCCGUGGUCUUCCCCCAUGACGAGCCGCUGGCCGGGCGGAACAUGAGGACAGACGCCCUGCACCAGGAGCUCCUUGAACAAGGCUGUGUGUUCCAGGAGCGGCACGGCUGGGAGCGGCCGGGAUGGUUCAGCCCUCAGGGGACCGCUCCGGUCCCCGACUACGACUACUACGGGGCCUACGGGAACCAGGUGCACCAGGACUGUGCCUACACCAGGCUGCUGGGGGACGAAUACACCUUCGAAUUCCCGCCCCACCACCGUGUGAUCCAGAAGGAGUGUCUGACCUGCAGAGGGGCUGCUGCUGUGUUCAACAUGUCCUACUUUGGGAAGUUCUACCUGCUGGGGCUGGAUGCCAGCAAGGCUGCCGACUGGCUCUUCUCUGCAGAUGUCAGCAGACCCCCAGGCUCCACGGUGUACACCUGCAUGCUGAACCAGCGCGGGGGCACCGAGAGCGACCUGACGGUCAGCCGCCUGGCCCCUGGCCCCGAGGCCGGCCCCCUGGCUCCUGCCUUUGAAGGGGACGGCUACUACCUGGCUGUGGGCGGGGCUGCGGCCCAGCAUAACUGGUCGCACAUCAGCACCGUCCUGCAGGACCAGAAGUUCCGGUGCCAGCUCAUCGACAGCUCCGAGGACCUGGGCAUGAUCAGCAUCCAGGGCCCAGCCAGCCGGGCCAUCCUGCAGGAGGUGCUGGACGCUGACCUGAGUAACUCGGCCUUCCCCUUCUCCACCCACCAGCUGGUGAGAGCCGCCGGGCACCUGGUCCGGGCCAUGCGGCUGUCCUUCGUGGGGGAGCUGGGCUGGGAGCUGCACAUCCCCAGGGCAUCCUGUGUGCCUGUGUACCGGGCAGUGAUGACCGCGGGGGCCAAGCAUGGCCUGGUCAAUGCCGGGUACCGAGCCAUCGACUCCCUGAGCAUCGAGAAGGGCUACCGGCACUGGCACGCGGACCUGAGGUCAGAUGACAGUCCUCUGGAGGCCGGCUUGGCCUUCACCUGCAAGCUCAAGUCCCGCGUGCCCUUCCUGGGUCGCGAGGCCUUGGAGCAACAGCGCGAGGCGGGCCUGCGCCGGCGCCUGGUGUGCCUCACCGUGGAGGAAAAAGUGCCCAUGUUUGGCCUGGAGGCCAUCUGGAGAAAUGGGCAAGUGGUGGGCCACGUCCGGAGGGCUGACUUCGGGUUCACCGUGGACAAGACCAUCGCCUACGGCUAUAUCCAGAAUCCUAGUGGUGGGCCGGUCUCACUGGACUUUGUCAAGAGUGGGGACUACGCCCUGGAGAGGAUGGGGGUCACCUAUGCUGCCCAGGUCCACCUGAAGUCUCCCUUCGACCCCGACAACAAGAGGGUGAGGGGAAUCUACUGAGGGGCCGCCCAGGGGCCAGCACCAGCCGCCCUGCUGCGCCAUCUACUGCUUCCUGCGUCCCAGGACCCUGGGCCCCAGCCAGACAUGGACCUUCCCCACCCUCAGCCCCGGCCUGAUAAAACUCCAAACCAGGAGUGGAGAGAGACCAA